AUCUGAGGUACAACAACAUAACAAAUGAAGGAGUUGAACACCUUGCUAAGCUCCUGCAAGAGGAGAAAUCAUCUCUGAGUUGUUUGGAUUUAAUGUUUAACGACAUCCAGGCCAAUGGAGCUCAAGUCCUCGCCAGCAGCCUGCAGGGUAACAGCACCCUGCUCUCUCUCAGGCUGUCAGGCAACAAGAUCGGGAGAGGAGGAGGUUUGGAACUGGCCAGCAUGCUGCAGGAGAACUGCGCGCUGCAGGAGCUGGAAGUGGUCGACUGCGACCUGGACACCAGCAGUAUUAUAGCGCUCAUCAUCAUGCUGAAGAAAAACAAGGCUCUUUGCUCUGUUGAUAUCAGCCGCCCGCUGCUCUUCAGCCAUCAGGAGGAGUGGGCAGUGCACUGCUCUAAGAUGCUGGCAGUGAAUAGCAGCCUGAUGGAGCUCCACCUGGGGAGGAUGGGGAUGACCGACACUGGGAUAGAGCAGCUCACUGAAGGCCUGGGGCGGAACCACAGCCUGCGCUACCUGGACCUGUGCAGCAACCGUGUGACCCGUGACGGUGCGUUUCAUCUCGCCAUGAUGCUGACGCAGAACAGGGCCCUGGAGAUUUUAGAUCUGUCAUCCAAUCAGAUUGGAGAUGGUGGAGCUGGGUACCUGAGCAAAGCCAUCACCUGUCCGCGCAGCACCCUCAAAGAGAGCAAAGGGGUGUAACCCAGCUGAUACCUCGGCGCUCUGAUGACACCAACAGAAGUCACUCAGCCCCCGUAAACAGAGAUAAACCACACAGUUUAUCCCUGUGGAAAGAAAAUUACCACCAUGAAGCAGCCAAAAAGACGACAACAAAGUUACAGUGGGGACAGACCCUUUAGCUGUGAUCAGUGUGGGAAGUCUUUUAAUCAAAUUAGUCACUUAAAAACACAUCAGCCCAUCCAUGCUGGAGUUAGACCAUUCAGCUGUGGCGAGUGUGGAAAGUCUCAGACUGUGACAAGCGAAUCCCCUACACGACCACAUAGUUCGCUCUUUCUAACAGUUCUUUAUCCGGUUGCUCGUUCGUACAAUACUCGGUUGCUUUUCAGCUGCAACCCCACUCACAACAACAACCUCAGGUCCCGACACGUCUUAUGCAGCAGAGGCGUGAUGAACUGAUGGAGCUGCAGUCUGUCAGCCUCCCCUGCAGCUGUGCCACAAACCAGUCCCCGCUGCACAGACCCUAUCUGGGAAACUGGUUCCAGAGCCUGAAGCAGUAUCUCUGAUUCUGUUCUGAUGUCCCGAUUGUAAUCAAACUGCAACGAAAAGCAUUAAACCGUCUGUCAGCUGAGUUGUUGUGGCAUGAAUGUUCAUCAUGAAUUGUUGAAAAAUUGUAGCAACAAAGUCUUUUAAGUAUUUUUGUAAUGGCUGAACGCAGUUUUUGCACAAUUGAAAACGAGUGGGAGAUGUAACAAAGGUGAAUCUUUAUUUAGGCUGUUGUCUGACUGCAGAAUUACAAAGUCCAAGUGCAGAAUGAUAAAGUUCAUGAGAUUAAAAAGCAAAUUAAUUCCACUGUCCUUCAUAAACUGAAGACACCACCAUUUAAACACAGAAAGUCAACAAAACAGGUGAAGAUGAUCAAUGACAAUGAGAGAGGAGAGGGACGUAAAACUAAACAUGAAAUGUUUCUGACAGUUGACCGCCAAAAUAAAUUGGGACAUAUCCGGUGUGAAUAUCGAACUCAACAGGGAAACAGACACAGGGAUAAACCCCACGGAAUAAAGACUCCAAACAUGCUCAAGAACAAAAGAAGAGUAUUAUACGAUACCGUAAACACCUAACAAAGAGUUCAACAUUGUAAAACUCAAGGUCAGUCCCAGAGGACCCGUCCCAGCUGGUCACAUUGUACAAAUGUUUGGACAAAUUUACUUGUAAUCAGAAGGUUUUUCAGACCUGAUUGCGUUUUUCUUCCCUAGUGCUCUUUUGAAAUCUCUCUCUGAUGAUUUUUAAUUUGAGAUCAGAUAACUCAGGCUUUCUGCUCCCUAC